GCUUUACUUUUUUCCAUCUCGAGAACCCAAAAGGAGUGAUGUCUACCAAAGACAAAAACGAAAAUCCCCUUGUUUUUGAUAAUUUUGCACGGUCACCGCAAUAAUUUGUUUUCUUUUUCCAAUUCCCCAAAUACAGUUGCUUGUAUCCACUUAAUAUCAUUUCACUUAAAUCGUCAUUCAUAAAAAUACGAAUCACACAGUCUAUGAAUUGAUAAGAAACACUCAAAAAAAGAGAGACCUUCGUGUAAGAGAAGAAAAAAAUCAAAAAUUUUGUUUGCAAAAUCACUCAGAGCCAUGUUUGUAUCCUCACCAAAAAAUGGGUACAAUUGCUUCGGUGCUACAAUGGACAUGUACAAAUUGUAACAUAAUCAAUCCUACUGAGUGUUUGAAAUGUGUAAAAUGCGGUAAUAUCCGAAAAAUUCUCUCAUCAUCAACGACAACGACGACAACAUCGUCGGCGAAUCAUCUUCAUCACCAUCAUCCACCGAAACAUCCAUUGUCUGGGAAGUCUGGGUCGCCUGGAUCAUGCAAUGCAAAUGAUCCUGCUCAUGCUGGUGGCGGAGCAACCCCCUCUUCAAGUGGUGAAUGCCCCCAAGGAGGCUCUUGUCAAAACCGUGCUGCCAUUACCACCGACACCGAAAACCAACAGCAGCACCAGCAACAACAACAAAUUGCCUCCCCCAACACCACCCUACCGGGAUAUGUUGAAAUCAGUUCUCAUGGAAACGAGUCUCGGCGUGUUUACAAAACCCUUUUGCGUGGUUGUCUAAGGAGGCCACAGCGACAUCAUCCAAAUGUACCCCAAGUCAAUUGCAUUAUCUGCGAAGAUACACGAAAGUAUAUAAAAAAUUCAAUCGAGCUUUUCCAUCAUUUUUCGAAUCCAAGUUUAAAUCGUCGCUGGAUCUGCCAGGAUUGUGAAUUGGAAAAUAAUUCGGUGACAUGGCAUUGUGUAACAUGUGAUAGCGUAAGCUACUUAGCACCAAUUUACAAGGAAACCCUAGUCUAUCGGAAACAACAACAUCAACAGCAAAAACAUUUGCAACAGCAAUAUCAACAAAAACAGCUACAACCAAACAAUAACCAAACAACUCCCACUUCAACAAAUGCAAAUGCAAAUGCACAUAAACAUCAAGCCUCAUUCGAGGAUGAUUUAACGGAUAAAAAUGAAAGAAAAAACAAAGCAAAACUGCUAAGACGUACCCGUAGUCUGAGUAUGGACUCUGGAUCGUCGUGUCGAAACUUAUUAACAAAAAGCUGCCAUAUUUGUUUCGUUAAUAAUUGCAAAAACAUAUUUAAUCUACCCGAAUCCAAGGAAUGCAAACAUCCCACUAUAACAACAACUCCAACAGCAACAGUAACAGCAACAGCAAUCACUGGAGGAACAACAACAACAGAAUCAUCAACUAGUAUUCGUUUACCAUCGAUCGGAUUGAAUAAUUCUGGCGGCAGUAGUGGAAGUAGUGGAGGAGCGGCGAUAAUAGCAGAAGUACACAAUCGAGAUCGACGGGUCAACUAUGAUGAAAGAAACAACAUUCGACCGGGUAACCUGUCAAUGUAUAGCAAUCGAAAAACAAAUAAAUCUUUGAGCAACAUUUCUGAUACAGUAUUCGGCGAACAACCAAUACAACACAUUCAUCAAUAUCCCCGUCAGUCAUCAUUUCCUGACUCGCAAACUAGUUCUUUCAGUAGCAUUUCCAAUCAGCAUCUAUGUGAUAUUUGCGGUGUAUGUAAUCGCACCAAUGAAAAUAGUAAUUUGACAAUAACAACAUUGUCUAGAUCGUAUAGCGUCAAUGCGAAUCGUUCUUCGACUAACCCAACGGCACACUCAACAUUUCCACGCAACGGUGUACUAAUUGCCGUCAAAGAUUGGUCGAAGAAUUUGAACAACGACAAUAAUCGACCAAAGAUAACCAUUGGAAUUGGGGCUCCACACCACGAAACCAGGGCCGUUGAUAGUACCAUUUAUGAGACUUUGCUAAAUAGUCGCGCUGGCACCAGUUCGGAACGUGGGAAGCAUUAUCAUCCCAUAGGUCAUCAUAUUCAGCACAUGUAUGAAAACAGCACAAUAAUUCGUCGUGCUAGGCAAAACUUGGAAAAAAUCAAAUUAGUAAGUGGCAGCAAUAACACAUCAUCAUCAUCAUCAGCUGGUGGCACAGAGGUUGGUGAACCAACUACCGAACCGAUUUAUGCUGUGGUCAAUAAAUUGAAUAAGAACAAGAACAAAGCAAGAACUAACAACCAACAACUAAUGGAUGAAGUUAAACAACAUACUCACAUGGUGACAAUAUCUGAAGCGCAUAAACAACAACAACAACAGCAACAUCAAAACGUAGAUUCAUUAUAUGCAUCUAUGAGUGAGUUUAGCAGUUCGCCAGCAGCUAGAAAGCUAACCAAUGUAAACAAUAUCAGCAAUACGAACUGUAAUAUCAAUAAUAAUAAUAAUUUUGCAUGUAAACUCCCCUCAAUUGAGAUAAUGGGAAAUAUGAAAACGACAACAAGUCAUAAUAAUUCAACUGCUGCUGGGACAGCAUCGUCUGCAGUAGCUGUAUCAGGGGCAACAGAUUCAAUGAAUGCUGCUUUAUGUGGACAAUCGAUAGAAUCGGGAGCCUGUGAUAGAUCCGAUAUGAAUAACGAAAACGAAGAAUAUUCCAUCUACGCCAAGGUUUGGAAGGGUCCGAAAAAACCGAGUGAAUCUAAAAUUUCUUCAUCGCAUUUGUCGACUAAAAGUAUUCUUACGAAUUCUUCAAACUCUAACAACGGUAAUAAUCCAAUAACGAAUCCUCCAAGAAUGUGGACAUGCACAAAAUGCUCAUACGCUUAUAAUCGUAUUUGGGUAGAACAAUGUGAUAUAUGUGAGUCAACAAGGAGUCAACCUUCGUUGACACAACCAAGUUUGAUAACUGUAACGAAAAUAGGCGAUACAGUUGCUCCAUCGAUAGAAUCACGAAAGGAACUUAAAUGCAGUACGAAAAUGGGACAGUCCAAAUCGUCUCAUGCAUUCGAUGAGGUACCAUCUAUUGUUGAAGUUCCAAUUGCAACAUUUGAACAGGAUCUAGAAGACGAUUUUCAAUUUAUAACAGGUGAUUCAUCUUCGCAUCCAGGCCAAGAAUGGACAUGUAAAAAGUGCACACUCGUUAAUUCACAUUUAUCAAUGGCAUGCGUUGUAUGCGGUGGAUCAAAACUUAAAAGCAUCACAUCUAUUGAAGACAUGACCUUGAGAAAAGGCGAAUUUUGGUCUUGCAGCCAGUGUACUUUGAAGAAUUCUUUAAAUUCAAACAUAUGCAUUGCUUGCAAAUCAGUUCGAACCAUACCCAUAAUAUCCGGACAACAAACUAAUUUUCGACCAUAUACAUCAACACCAGCUAACAAUAGUAACAGUGGCCAUCAUCAUCAUCAAAAUAAUAAAACACACACAUCACUACAUAAUCGACAUGUGUUGGCAACUUUAAAUACCAAUAACUUAGGGACUGUCACACCGUCGUCGUCGUCGUCAACUGCAUCACCUUCUUUAAGUAGUAAUAAUCAAACGAAUGCAUUGUCGCCACAACAACAUACUUCAGGGAUCUCUUCCUCGAGUCUUGUUCCACCGACACCUAGAACAUCGAGAAGCCCAUCACCUAGACACGAUAGGAUUUCAUCAGGAGCAAUACCAAAGCGUCAUAGUACUGGGGCGGUUGUAACAAGACCAUCUUCCUCAUCAUCAUCUGCAGUUAAUGUUAAUCGUCAUAGCAGUAGCGGUUCCUCGGCAUCAAUUAAAACAUGGCAGUGCCCAGCGUGUACGUAUGAAAACUCCUCAGCUAGCGUUGUCUGUGACAUAUGCUCAAGUCCACGUGGGCUCGCGAAUACACUUCCAACAGAACCAAAUAUCACAAGUGGCAUCAUAGUGGACAUGAAUCGCCAAGAGAGUAAAUUAAUGGAAAACUUGCGCCAGAUCGAAGAAAGCGAAGCUCGCAACAAAUGGGAAAAUAUUAUUCAGUAUUGCAGAGAGAACAAUGAGCUCUUCGUUGAUGAUUCAUUUCCACCAGCCCCGAAGAGUCUCUAUUACAAUCCGGCUACUGGGGGGGAUGGAAACCCGGUUGUUCAAUGGCGCCGGCCGCAUGAAAUAAAUUGUGAUGGCGGAGCGUUUCCCCCGUGGGCUGUAUUUCGAACUCCACUGCCAUCGGAUAUAUGCCAAGGAGUUCUGGGAAACUGCUGGCUUCUUAGCGCUUUGGCUGUUCUCGCUGAGCGUGAAGACCUAGUCAAGGAGGUUCUGGUGACCAAAGAAAUUUGCCCCCAAGGUGCUUAUCAAGUGCGGCUGUGUAAGGACGGAAAAUGGACGACGGUGUUGGUGGAUGAUUUGUUGCCAUGUGAUAAAAGGGGUCAUCUAGUGUAUUCCCAGGCAAAGAGAAAACAGCUUUGGGUACCCCUGAUCGAGAAGGCAGUCGCAAAAAUUCAUGGAUGCUAUGAAGCUCUGGUAUCUGGGCGAGCUAUUGAAGGUUUGGCAACAUUAACAGGUGCUCCUUGCGAAAGUAUUCCCUUGCAACCGAGCUCCCUUCCAAUGCCAAGUGAAGAUGAACUUGAUAAGGAUCUUAUCUGGGCGCAAUUACUGAGCUCAAGAUGUGUAAAGUUCCUGAUGGGAGCAAGCUGUGGUGGUGGCAAUAUGAAAGUAGACGAAGAUGAGUACCAGAGAAAGGGCCUGCGACCGAGACAUGCUUAUUCGGUGCUUGACGUAAAGGACAUUCAUAGUCAUCGGUUAUUAAAACUUAGAAAUCCGUGGGGACAUUAUUCUUGGCGAGGUGAUUGGUCAGAUGACUCCGAUGUUUGGACUGACGAGUUAAGGGAGAUUCUAAUGCCCCAUGGUGCAUCGGAGGGUGUAUUUUGGAUAUCAUUUGAGGAUCUUCUCAAUUACUUUGAUUGCAUUGACAUUUGUAAAGUUAGAUCAGGUUGGAACGAAGUGCGACUGCAAGGAACUCUUCAACCAUUGUGUUCAUUGUCAUGUGUUCUGCUGACAGUACUAGAACCAACUGAAGCCGAAUUUACACUCUUCCAAGAAGGACAACGAAACUCGGAAAAGUCCCAACGAUCACAACUAGAUUUGUGUGUAGUGAUUUUCCGAACUCGUUCACCAGCUAGUCCAGAAGUUGGUAGAUUGGUGGAGCACAGUAAACGGCAGGUCCGUGGUUUCGUUGGCUGCCAUAAAAUGUUAGAACGUGAUAUGUAUUUACUAGUUUGCUUGGCAUUUAAUCAUUGGCACACUGGCAUCGAAGAUCCUCAACAAUAUCCUCAAUGUGUGCUAGCAAUUCAUAGCUCUAAGCGUCUUCUGGUCGAACAAAUAAAUCCGCCAUCACAUCUUCUAGCUGAUGCCAUAAUUAGUCUGACACUUACUAAAGGACAACGACAUGAGGGCCGCGAGGGAAUGACAGCGUAUUACUUGACGAAGGGCUGGGCUGGUCUGGUUGUGAUGGUUGAAAAUCGGCACGAAAAUAAAUGGAUUCACGUGAAAUGUGAUUGUCAGGAAAGCUACAACGUCGUUUCAACGAGAGGAGAAUUGAAGACUGUCGACUCCGUGCCUCCAUUGCAAAGGCAAGUGAUAAUAGUCCUGACCCAACUAGAAGGAAGUGGGGGUUUUAGUAUUGCCCACCGGCUGACGCAUCGUUUAGCAAAUUCACGUGGUCUCCACGAUUGGGGUCCACCGGGUGCUACACAUUGCCCCCCUAUAGAGAAUGUACAUGGUUUGCAUGCGCCUCGUUUAAUAACGUGAUUGAUAAAUAAACAAUUGAACAAACAAACAAAAGGAGAUUAAUUAAACUAAAAAUUAAAAACAAAAAAGAGAAAAUAAAAAAAAACAAAUACUAGUCGCGAGGCGAAGCUACACAAUACAAAGAAUAUUAUUAAAAAAAAAGUGUUUAGAAUUAUUAUAUAUUAGUGUACCCAUUAAGAUUAAAGUUAAAUACCGAUAAUGUUUAAGAAUUAUAAAAUAUACUUCAAUAUACAAAACAAAAUUGA